AUGAACCACUUCUCUGUCCCGAGACCCACGAGCAGCGAUGAAAUACUGCGAAGUGAGCGGUUCUUGAGCCCUCCUCGGUCGGACGAUAGCUCUGAAUGCCACCCUUUCAAGGCGGAGACCGCAGAUCUCAUUAGCUUGACAAUGAAAAAGGGACAGGGUCACGGGCAUGGAUGGCACAAUCCUUUCUCCGCCGACCUACAACCGAUAGAUCGGACUGCGACAACUCGACUUACUCUGGACGGUCCCAGAAGUCGGAGAAGGAGCGGCACAUACAUUGCACCAAGCCUACGAAAGACUGUUUCGCUCCCUGCGGUUGAAUUUCAGCGAUACUCUCUUCAGUCGGAACUUCGUGCACGUUCAAUUUUGCGAUCUCGGAGAUGGUCAAUUCCGUCCAAAGCACCGUCCACUAGAGCUCUUGUUACGAUUGCACCGGUUCCAGAGACCAGGGGCGCGGUUUCGCAGAAACCCAACACGGCGCAAACCCCUGCGAUGAUUACCCUCCGUCGUGCCACCACAGCCGGGUCACCGAAACGUAUGUCGCUCACAUUCUUCCCGACACCCAGGUUCAGCAGGAGAUAUACUGGGUUCUUGUCGUAUUUCCUCACUACAUUCAGCAGCAAGGGUGAACGGCGGUCAAGUCCUACCGAAAUUCUGCAAGUCAUGGGGAGUAAGACCGACACCCCUCCCGCUCCAUCCAUCGAGGACAAUGAGGCUCGUCCAUCGACAAGUAGCGUUGCGCUGCCGAUCUUCACAGAGCUAACACCCAUGCCAGCCCCGUCCUCUCCUUCAGGGCAACCCAUGGAGGCUUUCAACUCGAUGCGGCGAUGUUCCACCAGAUACGUCUCGAACAACAUUGUGUAUGAGAUCAUUUGGGGCGAGGAUGGGUAUAAUGCUAUCUCGAAAGACUGUAUUCCAAGUUCUGUAGGCCGUGACACUGGGGUGGAAGGAGAGGUCUCGGUGGAUACAGGGCCGUUGAAGAGAAGGCUCUCCAAAGUUCUAACUCAGUCAACAAGCUCAUCGGCCUUGCAAACGAGUCGACGGACGAGCUGGUGGCCUGGUAGCGAAACGUUUCCAGGGUUGCUGCCACUGAUGGAAAGCCCCAAACUGGCCAAGAUCGCGCGAGAAGUGGCUUUCCGGGACUUGCCUCAAUCACAAUCGUCCAAGAAGCCAGUAAUACCAUCAACACUUGCAACUGAUCUUGAUGGUGACCAGCAGCUCUUCGUGGAGCCCACAACGACCCAAGCUGGAAACAUAUUUCCCCCAUCGAACAAGGACCAGAACGAGAUAGAUCCGUUGUUGAACUUGGCGGAAGAGCCCGAUGGCGCGCUUACAGUCUCGGGUAGUUCAAAUUGGAGCGUGAGAGGGGAUGAAGCCUCGUUGAUCACAGGGCCACGAAGUCGAUUUGGGAGCAUGGUGGGCGCGAGCAGCCACCAGAAACGACCUCAAACUUUGGCUGAGACGGAUCUGCCCAGCAGGGAGCGAAAACAGAGCGUUUAG